AUGGGUUAUUAUUGGGACGACGAUGGUUUUUAUUACAAGGCAGAUAGUUCAAAGUUUGUAGAAUCUGGGGAAUUACAAAGAGUAUCUUCUGAGUACACCUUGACGAGUGAGGACGAACAGCUAGGGCCACAACUGAACACCUUGAGAAACUUCCCGGAAGGAAAAAGGAACUGUUACACGUUCAGACCCAAACAUGGCAGAAACAACAAAUAUCUCGUCAGGGCUUUCUUCAGAUACGGAAACUAUGACCACAAAGAUUUUAUUCCAGUCUUUGAGAUGCAUCUCGGUCUCAAUUAUUGGACAACAAUUGAUGAGUUAUCUGGUUCUAAUGAUAUAGUAAGAACCGACAUUAUUCAUGUCGCCUUGUCCGACCACAUUGACGUGUGUCUUGUAAACAUAGGCCGAGGAAUACCCUUCAUUUCCUUGUUAGAGCUUUAUCCUUUGCCAUUUCGUCUAUAUCAUGCCACGUAUGAAGCCAGUUUACUGCCAUUAAAACUCAUCUCACGAGCUAGCUUGGGUGUGGUUGAAGACUCUGUUUUCAUCAGAUACUCUGAUGAUAUCUACGGGAGGUCCUGGUUCACAAAAGCCACAUUGGACAACUCAGUGCCAAUCAACACAUCAUCAGAAGCCAUUGACAAUGAUUCCACAGAGUACAAACUACCAAAGGAAGUUUUGAGCACGGCAAUCCAAUCACUAAAUCCUUCAUUUUCCUUGAACAUCAGUUGGGAUUAUGACACGCAUCAUGAAUAUUAUGUUUAUCUUCAUUUUUUUGACUUCGUGGAGCAAUCUCAAUACCAGAAAAGAAUUAUGAAGAUUGCUUUUACUGAUACAAUCCAAGACUCUGUAGCUCUUGAAUACCAGCAACUCCAAACCAAGUCUUCUCCAAUUCCAAAAGGAGUCUCUCUGACUACUAUUUCGAUCACAUCCUCGCCAGGUUCUAGUUUGCCUCCGAUGAUCAAUGCUUAUGAGAUCUAUAAAGUACCACGCCAACCCAAUUCAACAACCGAUCCAGAUGAUGGCAAGUAUACUUGA